CCGGAAGUAGCCGGAAUCCCAGCGCCCGGGAGCGACUCGCAAGCUUUGUGACAGGAACGAGGAGGACAAGGAAGGUGUCGCCCGCCAUGGAGUUGGGAGAGUUGCUGUACAACAAGUCGGAGUAUAUCGAGACGGCUUCUGGGAACAAAGUAAGUCGCCAGUCUGUGCUGUGUGGCAGUCAAAACAUCGUCCUCAAUGGCAAGACCAUUGUGAUGAAUGAUUGCAUUAUCCGAGGGGAUCUGGCAAAUGUAAGAGUUGGACGCCAUUGUGUGGUGAAAAGUCGGAGUGUUAUAAGGCCACCAUUCAAGAAAUUUAGCAAAGGUGUCGCAUUCUUUCCUUUACAUAUCGGGGACCAUGUCUUCAUUGAGGAAGAUUGUGUGGUCAACGCAGCUCAGAUUGGCUCUUAUGUUCACGUUGGCAAGAACUGUGUGAUUGGGCGCCGAUGUGUAUUAAAGGACUGCUGCAAAAUUCUCGACAACACAGUAUUACCCCCAGAAACUGUGGUUCCACCAUUCACAGUCUUCUCCGGCUGCCCAGGACUCUUCUCAGGGGAGCUCCCAGAGUGUACCCAGGAGCUGAUGAUUGAUGUCACCAAGAGCUACUACCAGAAGUUUUUGCCCCUGACACAAGUCUAAUGUCUCUGCCUCGUGUCCUGAAUUCACAUGAGCUCUAAGAUGAACUUGGGGACAAAGUGGGCCAGUGAGAUCUACCCAUCGCUCUUUUGUCUUUAUUCGACAUGUUCCACCUCUUGGGUUUUUUUUUUUUUUUUUAAGAAUUUAUCAGUCC